CACACUGCUUGGCCUGGGGGUGCAAGCCAGCAUUGCAAAGUCACGUUCCUCUGUCGUCCAGACACUGGAAUCCAAGGCUGAUUGAAGGUUUUGCAGGGAAAUGCUGAAGUCUCAUCAGUAUGUGAAGGCAUCACUGUAUGGCUGGAACAGAAGGGCUAGCAGCCCCCUGUGCUUCUGGGAACAGAUAACAUGCAUGUGUCACUGGCUGAGGCUCUGGAGGUUCGGGGAGGGCCACUGCAAGAAGAAGAAAUAUGGGCUAUUUUGAAUCAAAGCGCGGAGAGCCUUCAAGAGCUUUUCAGAAAAGCUGAUCCUGCUGCUCUGGGAUUCAUCAUUUCUCCAUGGUCUCUCCUCUUGCUUCCAUCUGGCAGUGUAUCAUUUACUGAUGACAAUGUUUCCCACCAAGACCUGCGAGCAUUCACAGCACCCGAGGUUCUGCAGAACCAAUCCCUGUCAUCUCUCUCGGAUGUUGAGAAGGUCCAUAUUUAUUCUCUCGGUAUGACCCUCUUCUGGGGAGCUGACCAUGAAGUUCCUCAAAGCCAACCUAUCAAACUUGGAGAUCAUCUCAACAGCAUCCUCCUUGGCAUGUGUGAAGAUGUCAUUUAUGCCCGAGUAUCUGUACGGACCGUUCUGGAUGCCUGCAGUGCUCACAUCAGGAACAGUAACUGUGCCCCAUCUUUUUCAUAUGUGAAGCAGUUAGUCAGACUGGUCUUGGGAAGCCUGUCUGGGGUGGAUCAACUUUCUUGCAAUGGAGAUAAAAAAUUGCAGCCAGAUAGGAGCCAGGCAAUUCGGGAAAGGCUGAGGGGAAAAGGACUGCCCACAGGAAAAGCCUCAGUGGUUGAUGCACGUGACGAACACAAGACUCAUUUUUCUCAACAGACAAUGCUUAACAAAGGGCUUAGCAAAUCGAUGGGAUUUCUGGCCAUGAGAGGAACGCAAGGCGAGGAGGAAUUUUUCCAGGGCAUUUCCUCAGAUUACAACUCAGGACAGGAAGAUUCUUUCUAUCCUUACAGAUGUAAAACCAAUGAGUUUGAAAACAAAGGUCACCUCCAUACAGAUGCAGCUCCCAAGAGGAAGGUGUGGGCUUCCUCCACGGAUUUGCUUUGCACGACCAACAAAGCAGCUGAGAGGGACCACGCUUCAGACUCUCACAGGCAUAGUCAUCAGUGUGAGACCUUUGCAGUACGGACUUCUACUAUGACCAGAAACAAAGAAGCAAGAUACUCCGAUGGGAGCAUAGCUCUGGAUGUCUUUGGACCUCAGAAACUGGACCAAACACGCCAUGUGCCCGAGACAUCAACUUCUGCAGCAAUAUCAAGUGCCUUUGACCGGAUAAGGGAGAGACAGAAGAAGCUGCAGCUUCUGAGGGAAGCCAUGAAUGUAGAAGAGCCUCUGAGAAGGUACAAAUCAUACCACAGCGAUGUUUACAGUACUUCGAGUGAAAGUCCAUCCAUUAUUUCUUCAGAAGCAGAUUUCAGGCAAGUGAGAAAAAAUGAAGGAUUCAAGAGAGAUGAUGCCAGUGGUGCUUUGCCAGGUGCUGAUGAUAUCUCCACAUCAAGUCAAGCUCAUUCUCAGAGGGCAAGCAGGCAGCAUGAAGCACCAUUUGAAGGCAAUCUUGUCAGUCAAGAAGCGAUGCUAAAGCGCCAGGAAGAAGAAGUGCUGCAGCUGCAGGCUCGUAUGGCUCUCAGGCAGUCCCGGCCCAACCUCUACACUGGAGAUGCAAUCAGGUCCUCCAUGCUGGACAUCACCAGAGAUCCGCUCAGAGAAAUAGCCCUGGAAACAGCCAUGACUCAAAGGAAAUUGAGGAAUUUCUUUGGCCCUGAGUUUGUGAAAAUGACAAUUGAACCAUUCAUCUCCUUGGAUCUGCCAAAGUCUAUCUUGACAAAGAAAGGGAAGAAUGAUGAUACAAGACGGAAAGUAAAUGUGAUGCUUCUAAGUGGGCAGAAGCUGGAGCUGACCUGUGACACCAAAACAAUAUGCAAAGACGUCUUUGAUAUGGUUGUUGCCCAUAUUGGCUUAGUGGAGCAUCACUUAUUUGGACUGGCUACUUUAAGAGACAAUGAAUUUUUCUUCAUUGAUCCUGACAUAAAGCUGAGUAAAGUAGCUCCAGAAGGAUGGAAGGAAGAGUCAAAGAAAAAGAACAAGCUCCCUGUCAACUUCACUCUGUUUUUUCGCAUCAAGUUUUUUGUGGAUGAUGUCAGUCUUAUACAGCAUGCUCUCACUUGUCACCAGUAUUACCUGCAGCUGCGGAAGGACAUCCUGGAAGACAGGAUGCACUGUGAUGAUGAGACAGCCUUACUGUUAGCAUCCCUAGCUCUUCAAGCUGAGUAUGGAGAUUACCAGGCAGAGGUGCAUGGCGUGUCGUAUUUCAGACUAGAACACUACGUCCCAGCUAGAGUGAUGGAGAAACUGGAUACAUCCUACAUCAAGGAAGAGUUGCCAAAGUUGCAUAGCACUUACGUGGGUGCUUCUGAAAAAGAGAUAGAAUUAGAAUUCUUGAAGCUGUGUCAGAGGCUCACAGAGUAUGGCAUUCACCUUCAUCAUGUGUUACCUGAGAAGAGGUCCCAAACAGGCAUCCUGCUGGGGGUGUGCUCCAGAGGAGUCGUUAUCUUUGAGGUUCACAACGGUGCCCGCACUCCUGUGCUACGCUUCCCAUGGAGAGAGACAAAAAAAAUUUCCUUCAGUAAGAAGAAAAUAACAUUGCAGAACACAUCGGAUGGUAUCAAGCAUUCAUUUCAGACUGACAACAGUAAAACCUGUCAGUACCUUUUGCAUCUCUGCUCUUCCCAACAUAAGUUCCAGCUGCAGAUGAGAACCAGGCAGAGCAACCAGGACACUCAGGACAUUGAGCGAGCUUCCUUUCGGAGCCUGAACCUCCAUGCGGAGUCAGUGAAAGGCUUUGGCAUGGGGCGGGCCAUCAGCACAGGCAGCCUGGCCAGCAGCACCCUGAACCGCCUUGCCGUGCGCCCUCUGUCCGUGCAGGCAGAGAUCCUGAAGCGACUGUCCUGCUCUGAGCUCUCGCUCUUCCAGCCACUCCCUGGCUCCUCAAAGGACAAGAAUGAAAAGACAUCGUGGGAGGAAAGACCCAGGGUUAUGAGCAAAUCGUUCCACGAUCUAAGCCAAAGUCAUAUCUCAGUUUACCCUCCGAGGAAGAAUAUUAUCACAGCUUUGGACUCUUCCUCCCAAAAAAUAGAGGACUUAAUGGGAAGAGUCUUUCAGCGAAUGCCAAAAUUUGAUACUGGAUCAGCAGCAGGAGCAUUAAAACUGAACAAUUCAAAAUCUCAUGCAGGUUUAAGUAGAAGUCCCGAAAGAAAGAAAAAUGAAUCGGACUCAUCAUCCAUGGAAGAUUCCGGGCAAGCCUAUGUUGUAGGUGUUAGCAUGAGUAGCUCUGGAAAUCUUCCAUCAUCAACACCAUUAAAAGAGAGCAGUGACUCUCUGCAAACAACACAGAGCAGAGUUUCCUCACCAGAAAGAGAGAUCACUUUGGUGAACCUGAAAAAGGAUGAAAAAAUGGGCUUGGGCUUUCAGAUAGUUGGUGGAGAGAAGACGGGGAAACUUGAUCUGGGAAUUUUCAUUCACUCAGUUACUCCUGGAGGGCCAGCUGAUGUGGAAGGAUCUCUGAAACCAGGACACCGACUGAUAUCUGUGAACAGCACAAGUUUGGAGGGUGUCACCCACCACACAGCGUUAGAAAUUAUAGAGAAUGCACCUGAGGAUGUAACACUUGUUAUCUCUCAGCCCAAGGAAAAGUCAUCCAAAGCAUCGUGCAGUGCUGCACACCUCGCUAAUGGAACCAGGACCUAUGUAAGGAGACCAUCUUCAGUGCAGGACAAUGAAGCAGAGUCUUCUUCGGAGGAGCCUAGCCGGUCCCGUGCUCACCAGAGGGCUGCUGCAGGCAGCGUGUCUGCCUUGUCAGGGGGCAGAAGGGAUGGGAGUGUGAGCUCCCAGGACUCCAGGACCGAGAGUGCCAGCUUGUCCCAGAGCCAGAUGGCCAGCUGCUUCGGCAGACGUGCCAGUGGCAGAGCCCAGCAGGAUCCGCACAAGUACAGUGACUCCCAGUCUGGAGUUGUGAAAAUUAAUGAGAAGAGAAGGUCGUCGUCGGACAGUACUCGAGCCAAAAUGAAAAGGUUGGGAGUCGUGGAGUCCGUGGAGUAUUCUGACCGAGGAGAUUCUGACAUGGAUGAAGCAACUUACUCCAGCAGUCAGGAGCAGCAGGUUGCUCAAAAGGAAUCUUCCUCAGCGAAUGCAGCCAACAAAAUGAAUUCUAAAAAGGUUUCUGCAGAACUUCUUAAACCUGGAGAUAUCUUUGAGGUUGAACUAGCCAAAAAAGAUAACGGCUUGGGAAUAAGUGUCACGGUACUGUUUGACAAGGGUGGUGUAAACACGAGUAUAAAGCAUGGUGGUAUUUAUGUGAAAGCAGUUAUUCCAAAUGGAGCAGCUGAAGAAGAUGGCAGAAUAGAAAAAGGUGACCGUGUGCUUUCUGUCAAUGGGAUUAGUUUGGAAGGUGCUACGCAUAAACAAGCUGUGGAAAUGCUGAGAAACACCGGGCAGGUGGUGCAUCUGCUGUUGGAAAAAGGACAGCUUUCAGUGGCAAAGGCUCAUGCUCCGGUAACACCACAGUGCACGCCUCCAAAUCUGGCAGGGCCGUGUGAGCCUCAGGAGAAACCAGCAACAAGGGCUGCAAGCGCCAAAGACUACAGCUUUGUCACUGCAGAGAACACAUUUGAGGUAAAGCUGCUGAAGAACAGCUCAGGCCUUGGGUUCAGCUUCUGCCGUGAGGAUAAUCCUACUCCAGAGCAGCUGGGCUCAACCAUUGUGAGGGUGAAGAAGCUCUUCCCUGGGCAGCCUGCUGCAGAGAGCGGGCAGAUAGACAUUGGGGAUGUCAUUCUCAAAGUUAAUGGGGCAUCACUCAAGGGUUUAUCUCAGCAGGAAGUCAUCUCUGCGCUGAGGGGAACAUCUCCAGAAGUCUCUCUUCUCCUUUGUCGGCCACCGCCUGGUAUACUGCCAGACAUCGAUCCUGCUUUGUUGACUCCCAUCAAUUCGCCCCUACAAGUAUUUCCAGAUGUCAGCAGAGAAGCUUCUGGUCCAUCAAAUGAAGAACAGGGUGACAGCUCAGAUGAAAAUGAAACUACUGAUCUGAGCAAGAGAAGACUGAAGUCUCCCUCUAGGAGAGACAGCUACAGUGACAGCAGCAGGAGUGGUGACGAGGAGGCGAUGGACUCGUUAGCACAGUUGGGCCCUAGUUGGAAUUCUGCUCUCUGCGAGCCUACAGAUGAAGCUGUGAUGCAGGCACACAGCCAGCACGAGGCACGCAGUGCUCAGGAUGGUGCUCUUCGCACCAUUUUGUAUUCUGCUCAUGAGACUCCUAGCAGGUCAGAGCUUGAGGACAGCACUCUGCCGCUGGAUUUCACAUCAAUCCCACCCUGCAGAACCAUUCCUGAAGUUACAACGUCUGUUUUAAUGAACAGCUGUUACGCUGCUCCUGCUUCUGAGCUGCCUCCACGCCUGGAAGGAAUGGCCUCGCUACUCAGCCAGCUGGAAAAAAGUGCUGAAGAAUAUGAGCCGGAAGUAGAACUCCAGGUCACCAUGACCAAGUCUGAAAAGGGCAGCCUGGGCUUUACGGUGACCAAAGGGAAUGAUAACGUGGGCUGCUACAUUCAUGACAUUGUUCAGGAUCCUGCUAAAAGUGAUGGGAGACUGCGACCUGGAGACCGACUCAUAAAAGUUAAUGACAUUGAUGUCACGAACAUGAGUCAUACAGAUGCAGUCAGCUUUCUCCGCGCUGCCCCAAAGACUGUCAGAUUGGUUCUAGGACGUGUGUUGGAGUUACCCAAGAUGCCAGUAUUGCCUCACUUGCUGCCUGAUAUUACGCUAACGUGCCAUAAAGAGGAGCUAGGUCUGUUGUUAGCAGGAGGUCAUGACAGCAUUUACCAAGUUGUGUAUAUCAGUGACAUUCUGCCCAAAUCAGCUGCUGCCAGAGAGGAGAGUCUCCGUGCACUAGAUAUUAUCCAUUACAUUAAUGGGGUCAGCACACAAGGAAUGACUCUGAAAGAAGCCAAAAGAACACUGGAAGCCUCCCUUCCUUGGGUGGUGCUCAAAGUGACCAGAGAUGGUCAUCCAGUGCUUCCAAAAUCCAGGAGCCCAGAUAGCUCAGAGUCAUGGUCAAAGAAAGCCAAUGGCUGCUCGCAUGGUGAUCUCUGUGAUACAGAAAAGGCACCUGAUGGCCCCAAGGUAAAUAUUCCUCAGUGGAGUAUAUUUUCAUUAACUAGAAAAAAGGACAUAGUUCACGUCAAUGGCAACAGCAUCAUAGGACCUUCUCAUGCAAAUGCAGAAAAUAAUAUCCAUCAUGCAAAGGGACAAAUGAAUCUCACAGGGUCUGGAGAUGCCCCUUCGCUUGGUUUUGCUGCUCAGAUAUCAGAUGUUUCUAAACACAGUGACAAGUCAGAAACAGAAGUUCCAGAUGAUGAAUAUUAUGAUGAGGAUGAUCACAAUGAAGUAGUCCAGUAUCUAUUGGACGUCGUAGAUGAGGAAGCCCAGAACCUCUUGAAUCGUAACAGUGCAACAUCAGAGGCCCAGAGCCUUCUGCACGUCAAGAAGGCCACAUCAGAAGAUCAUCUGCCAGUGGAGAUGAAUGGGAAACUGGCAGAAGAUAAGUCUGAAGACACAGACUGUGAUGGGUCAUCUUUACCUGAAGAUUUUUCAGAGCCCAUGCACAUAAAUGGUUGUGAAGGUCAUGGUGAGGAAGGAGCUAUGCCAGAAAGAUCACCUCCUCAACCUCCCUCGAAUCAAGCAGAUGAAGAUGAAAUCACGUGGGGAAGCGAUGAAUUGCCGAUUGAAUCAAUCAGCCAGGAAUGUGUAAAUAAAGAUCUCCCUCUGGUGACAAACGAAGAGAUCUCCGCGCUCCGUGCUGUGAGUGUGCUCCCUGGCGGCAAGUACUGUGGAACAAAGCUGAAGGCAGCCAUCCGGGUACUGCGGGGACUGCUGGAACAGGGGGUUCCUUCCAAAGAGAUCGAAAAUCUUCAAGAGUUAAAACCGUUGGAUCAGUGUUUGAUUGGACAAGCAAAGGAGAACAGGAAGAAGAACAGAUACAAAAACAUCCUCCCUUACGAUACCACCAGAGUUCCUCUUGGCAGCGAAGGUGGAUACAUCAAUGCCAGCUUCAUUCGCAUGCCAGUGGGGAAUGAGGAGUUUGUCUACAUCGCUUGUCAAGGACCUCUCCCCACUACAGUAGCGGACUUCUGGCAGAUGGUUUGGGAGCAAAACUGUACUGUGAUUGCCAUGAUGACUCAGGAGGUUGAAGGAGAGAAGAUAAAAUGCCAGCGUUACUGGCCAGAUGUGCUCCAUAAAACCACCAUGAUAACCGACAGACUGCGGCUGGCUCUUGUAAGGUUUCAGCAGCUGAAGGGCUUCAUCAUCAGAGUGCUGGAGCUAGAAGAGAUCCAGACAGGUGAGGUGCGGCACAUUUCCCACCUGAACUUCACCGCCUGGCCUGACCAUGACACCCCUUCUCAGCCAGACGACCUGCUGACGUUCAUCUCCUACAUGCGGCACGUCCACAGAUCGGGACCCAUCGUAACACACUGCAGUGCGGGCAUUGGCCGCUCGGGGACCCUGAUUUGUAUCGAUGUGGUUCUGGGGCUCAUCAGCAGAGACCUUGAUUUUGACAUCUCGGACCUGGUGCGCACAAUGCGUCUGCAGCGGCACGGGAUGGUGCAGACAGAGGAUCAGUACAUCUUCUGCUAUCAAGUUGUCCUGUAUGUCCUGAAUCAUCUCCAGCAUGAAGAAGAGAGGCAAAUAAAAUCCUGAACUGGAAGUGCUUUUAAAAUAAGGAAAUGAGGAGACCCGAAGGCUCUCACCUGUUCUUUGUUCCGCCAACACUAUCAAAGUCCUUUUCUUCAACUGCUGUUAAAUGUUUUCUCUAUGUAUCUCUGUCUCUGUGUCACUGCAGAUAAGGUACAUAGUGUAUGGACAAAGGAGAGCUCAUACCAUACCACUGGUGACUUCAGCCCAUGGACACAGCUGUGAGAUAUUUGUAUAACAGUAAAUAAUAUUUAAUAAAGCUGCAUUUUUUUUUUGCAGCUUCCUUAAUACGUGAUUAAGUACUCGAUUAAAAAUAUUUUAAGGAGAAAAAGUAACGUUAAAAUACUCCUGUAGCUCUGCAGCUGCUCUGGGGUAUUUGUUUCUUAGGGGGUGGGAUAAAGCAGUAUUUUUGUCCUGGCAAACUUUAUUACCAUGCCAUUUUAAUGGCCUCUUUUAAAAGCUUGUGUAUGGCAACAGAAUAUUUUGGCCUUUUAGUACAGUUGGAGCUACUUUAUAGAGGGUUUCUUAAAUCAGUAUUUAAGCUUCAAGAGCUGCCUGUUAGCAUAAGGAUAGUGGUGAAUGUUUACUGUAAGUAUCACAGUUAACAAUGUUUACUUGAUAGUUCCAUGUAUAUAUUUAUAUACUUUUACAAAAAAAAAAUAAAGUUGAAUUAUCAGAUGUC